UGCUGGCCGGGCGCCCGCCCGCCGCUCCGCAGCCUCCGCGCCGGCAGCGCUGCCCGCUCCGCGCUGCCCCGCCAUGCCCUAGCCCGGGCCCGCUCACCCGCCCGCCGGGGGCCGCGCAGCAGCUCGGGGAGGGUCGGCAGCGAUGGCACCCCCGCCCCCGCGCCCCGCCCGCCCCUGAGGGCGGCUGCUGCCGCCGGGAUGUUCAGCUGGCAUCGGAGCUUCACCCUGGGAGCGCCCUGGAGGAGAGCAGGUAAGAAGAGCCCACCUGCUGAGGACAAGGUUGUGUUAACACACAUGAAGAUACUGAGCAAUGAAGGAAUUCAAAACCCAGGGUUAAUCCCAGAGGCUCCAGCUGACACAGCCUGCACAGAGGAGUCCCAUCUUCCUGGUGCCAGUGUCCCACCAGACUGCUUGGGAAGUCCAGAUGCCGCAGCCGCAGCAGCAGAUCCAGAUUGUGUGGAUGGCCCGGCAAGCACUGACUACGUAGCCACCUUGCCUGACCUCAGCACCUUCGAGUCCAAGUGCCGGCUUCACAGAUUCUCCAAAUUCGAAUCUGAGGACUCAGGGGUUGAGUUGCCAAGCGGUGCUAAUUCUCCAUCUACACCCACGGGCUCAGAGAAGAGCUUUGUGCUUCACAGCAGAGACUCAUUUUGUGACUCGGGUGUGCUUAGCACCUCUUCUUCUCCAGAAAUUGACCAUCAGUUAAUGAGAACAUGUAAAGAACAUGCCAGAAAAGUUAGCCUACAAGAUCCAGAGAGCAAAAAGCAAGCUGAUUACUAUAGUCAGGAGGCAGAUGCUGUGCAGGAUCCUACAGCUUCCCUUGAAGACUUCAAUGACCCUCAGGAAGAAAGUCCUGAUGAUCAUUUUCACCAGGAUGACAAGCAGUCUCCAGAAAAGGAACCUACCGCAGAGAUGGACCUUUCCAGGGAAAGCACUCUUUCCACCCCAGGUCCCAUAGAAGACCCAAAGACCAUUGCUGACAAUUUUCCAGAGAAUUUUGGCAGCAUGCAAGACCUUCAGAUCCAUGAACACCAGCUGAAGAAAUACCCCACAAGUGAUAGUCUGGAUGAGUACAUGGAUGAAUGCUGUAGACUGAGUGAGGUGAACCAAAGUAACAGCAAAGCUCUGGGAUCUGGUCUGGGAUACCUAGAACACAUCUGCCAACUGAUUGAGAAGAUUGGGCAGCUUCAGGAGCACAACCUGCAUCUCCAAAAACAAGUGUGCAGCUUGCAGAAAGAGCAGAAGAUGAGUCAGAUAAAAGAGGAAUACAUUCUGCAGCAUUGCUCCUGUGGAGCUGCCAGUAUCUUCCUUAACUCAUAUCAAGACACGAAAACAAAUUUUGCUGGGAGGAGCAGACCUCACAGCCUCUUGGUUCAGACUGGAAACCUUUCUGAUCUUUCCAUCAUCCCAGAAAUAGGAGCGAACACCGAGAAGCUGAGCAGCUGCAAUGGAAGUGAGAGAUAUCUGCAAUCAGGAAAGAGCCAGCCGAUGGUGGGGCUCAGGAAGCCAUCAAACAAUAGGAACAACAAGGAGAAUGAGUUCAGAGAAGUUGGGAGUAUGGCUGAGGGACAGGCUUUUCUGUCAAAGGACCCUGCAGUAAGAAAGGCUCUGGACGUCAGCAAGAACAUCUCGGGUGAGAGCCAUGCUUGGAGGAGAAUGAGAGAUCUUAUGAGGAAGACACGGUUGACAAACCAGAACAAGCUGGGGCUGUCCUCUGCUGCUCUGAAGAGGUCCUGCCCACAGCUGUAUAGGCCAGAUAUUAUGUCUUCAGAGCUGAGGAAAACUGACAGGAACUCCAUGAUUGUUCUGGGACAAAAUACAAAGAACGAAAACUUAUGGCCUUUCUGAUAACCUGAGUCAAAUGGAGCAAG